ACACGAUAAAGAAGAAUCUGUUGCAAAUCCUAGCAGCCUCACCACAAACGUUGUAAUAUCUCUCCUCUCUCUCCCUCUUAAUUGUGUGUGUGUACUGAAGCCUCGACAUCUAUGGCCACUCACGGGAUUAAUUGAAAGGGAGGGAAUUUCAUGCUUUCCAUUUCUCUCUGUCCACAAAAAUACAGAAAAAUUAAAACCCAACUAACAAAUUUGUGGCCUUUCUUCUCCUCUGCCUCACCUCCCCAUCACUUCACACAAUUAACCCUCUCUCUUGUCUUUCACUACUAAUUUUCAAUUUCUUGAUGAUUGAUUUUCUGCUCUUCUUUUGUUGAUCCCAAGAAUUCCCAUCCCUUUAUUGAGAAGUUUCCGCUGAUCAAUUUCUAUAAACUUGGUUGAGCUUCAACUGCAAAUUGUUUGAUCAAAUGACUCAUCCAACAUACUUCCCCUUGAGAUGGGAGACCACAGGAGAUCAAUGGUGGUUCGCUUCUCCAAUAGAUUGGGCUGCUGCAAACGGCCACUACGAUCUAGUCAGAGAGCUUCUUUACAUUGACACCAAUCUUCUCAUCAAACUAACAUCCCUUCCAAGAAUCCGCCGCCUCGAGACCGUCUGGGACGACGACGCCACCUUCGCCCACGUCGCCAAGUGCAGGUCCCAAGUCGCUCGAAAGCUCCUCCUCGGGUGUGAAAGAAGAAACGGCCACAAUUCUCUCAUCAGGGCUGGCUAUGGAGGCUGGCUGCUUUACACUGCUGCCUCAGCUGGAGAUAUGCCUUUUGUGAAAGAAUUGCUGCAGAGGGAUCCUCUGCUUGUGUUUGGGGAGAGAGAGUAUGGCGUCACUGAUAUGUUCUAUGCUGCUGCCAGGAGCGGGAAUUCGGAGGUCUUCAUGCUCUUGUUUGAUUUCUCUCUCUCCGCGAGGGGGCAGGCCGAGCCAUCGUCCGGUUUUAAGGCGGAGAUGGUGAAUAGGUCGGUUCAUGCUGCGGCUAGAGGCGGCAAUGUGGGGUUGUUGGUGGAGCUUUUGGGAGAUGGCGCUGAUGUUCUUGGUUUUAGGGAUGUUAGAGGCUCCACGCUUCUGCAUACUGCUGCUGGGAGAGGGCAGCUUGAGGUAGUUAGGCAUUUAAUAUCCUCGUAUGAGGCGAUGAUCGAGUCUGUGGACAACAGAGGCAACACGGCCUUAAAUAUCGCGGCCUACAGGGGCCAUCUGCCAGUGGUGGAGCUUCUUACACGCGCAAGGCCUAGCACCGCGUCUCUGACAAACAACAGCGGGAACACGUUUCUUCACAUGUCAGUGUUUGGCUUCCUCACCCCCGGCUUCAAAAGGCUGGACCGACAGCUGGAGCUCAUGAAACAGCUGGUUUCCGGGAGCUUUGUUAAUAUGGUAGAUGUUGUCAAUGUCAAGAACAAAGAAGGCAGAACUGCCCUUCACAUGGCAGUCAUCGAGAACCUUCAGUCCCAAGUUGUCGAGCUGCUCAUGUCUCUGCGCUACAUCAACCUCAACAUACGCGACUCAGAUGGGAACACGCCCUUGGAUCUGCUCAAGCAGCGACCACAUUCAGCCUCUUCUGAGAUUCUGAUCAGGCGGCUGAUUGCAGCCGGAGGGAUUGAGAAUUCUAAGGAUCAAACGACAAGAAAUGCUCUCGUCUCACAUCUGAGGAGGCAUGGCAUUGGAGGUAGUCCCGGGACUUCUUUCAGAAUCCCAGAUGCUGAGAUACUUCUGCACACUGGAACGGAUGACAUUGGCCCCUCGAGCUGUGAUUUGACUAGCUCUGAGUUUGGCUACUCUGGUGAAAUCGAACGUGUUGCAUCCACCUCCUCUAAAUACAACAAGAUGGCCACCAUCAACAGUGCUGCCAAGCGUUUCAAGAACCUGCUGCUGAAGAAGGCCAGGGAUGGAGAUGCUUCUGACAUGGACGACGAUUGUUCCUUUGGAUCGCCUAGGUUAAGCUCGGGCAGCAAGAACAGUCCUAUCUCUCUUAGGCAGCAAUUCUCAAAGCAAUCUUCCCUCCCAAACAACAAGAGAACACAAUAUUCUUUACCAGCUGGUACUCUUCCAAGUCCAUCCACCAAGAAGAAGUUUGCUGCAGGGUUAUCACACGGUGUGCUGCAGCUGCUGCCAAAGUCGUACACUGGCUCCCCCUCGAGUGCCUACUCUGAGUCAUCGUGGUCAUCUCCACUAUCAGCUGAUAAAGGAAAGAGCCAUUAUCAUCGCAGUGGGAGCGAUGCACCUCACUCCCCCAACUCGGGCAGCCUUAAAAUGAAGCACAAGCACCCGUCGUUCAACUUGAAGCAGAUGAACAACUACUUCUGUUUCGGAGCGCAAGGCUUGGCCGUGGACAACUCCAUCACCUCGCCACGGCCGAGCCAGAGUCAGCAUAGACUAGCUGCCUAGGUUUGGUUUUGGAGAAAGAAAAGUUUGUCUAGUUUGUGUUUGUGGGACUCUUGGUUAUGGAUCAAUAAUACACAAUGUAAAUUAUUGAGAGGCUA